GGGUUACCAUCUUUUUGUGCGUGUUACUCUUUGGUUGUUUACAUGUCACCUGUUCCAACACUUCUCAAAUUUCCAAACGCUUACAGAUUAAAAUACAACAUUUAAAACCGAACGGUCCCGGUUCCAUUAUUUGACGUUAGUAAUACAGUGCGUAGAUUCAAUCAGACAAACGCGGACGUUGAGUUUUCCCGCUUUCAGCGCCCUUUCUGGGCUAAUGUGAGGUUAGCUUAGCCAGGCUAGGCUAGGCCAAGCUAAAGCUGUGCACUCUGCGCGUUGACUCGGGAUAAAGUUCAGGAGCAGCGGAGCAGAGGUCAGUCAGUCUGUCAGUCACCUGUCGGACAGGACAAUGGCCAACCCUCUGAGGGCUGAAGUGGUUCGACUUUACAAAAAUCUCCUGUACCUCGGCCGUGAAUAUCCCAAAGGCGGCGACUACUUCAGAGACAGACUGAGAGCAGCGUUCAUCAAAAACAAGUCGGUCCAGGACCCAGAGCGGGUCAAGGAGCUGAUCGCUCGAGGGGAGUUUGUGGCCCGAGAGCUGGAGGCGCUCUACUACCUGAGGAAAUACAGAGCCAUGAAGAAACGCUACUAUGAGGAAUAACAGCAUCUGCAGGGACUAACCAAUGUUUCAGGAUAAGAACCGAGAGCAACAUGAUCCGAGGAGGAAAAACAUCUUUAUUCAAAUCAAAUCUAAACGGGGCAAGAACAAAUUCAGCAGCGGCUUCGAGGUUUCACGGUUUUAUUCCUGUAGAGUUGAACAUGUCAAUAAAAGGAUCAAAAAAAGAAA